GCCUCGGAGCUCCUGUUUACACUGCUCCGGUGUGCCUGCGUGCCGGCUGCCCCAGGGACCAGGUACCAACAUGGCCCCCAAGCGUCCUGCCUGCACCCUGGACCCCGAGGACAUCAAGCAGCUGCUGCUCUCCUCCCAGGAGGCCAAGAAGUUAGCCUACUGCCCCUACAGCCACUUCCCCGUGGGGGCGGCCCUGCUCACCAGCCAGGGCAAGGUCUUCUCAGGGUGCAACAUCGAAAAUGCCAGCUACCCACUGACCAUCUGUGCGGAACGGACCGCCAUCCAGAAGGCCGUUUCAGAAGGAUACAAGGAUUUCAGGGCAAUGGCUGUUGCCAGUGACGUGCAAGAUGAUUUUGUCUCACCUUGUGGGGCCUGCAGGCAAGUCAUGAGAGAGUUUGGCACCAACUGGGCCGUGUACAUGGCCAAGCCGGAUGGCACAUAUAUGGUCAAGACAGUCGAGGAGCUGCUGCCUAACUCCUUCGGGCCUGACGACCUGCAGAAGCCCAAGUGAAGGCCAGAGAACACCUGGGUUCCCACAGGUGCUUACAGGGCCAGCCGCCUGGAGAACUUCCUAAAGACAUUCUCCCAGACCUGGGACACCUGCCACAUGGGCCCCACUCUGCAGAGGCUGGGCCGGGAUGAUGUUUCCAAAUGACACUCAAGCACUGUGGUCUUCUACUAAGGUGGUGACGAGCUUCCCUGCAGCCUAAGCCCAGCCCCUCCUUGCACCCCACCUUGUCCUCCCUGAGCCUCACAACACCCCACCCCUUCCCUUCCUUCUCAUAGGCCCUCUUUAAAGUUCCAGCCAAGUCUGGAUGGCUUCCCCAUGGCCUUCCCAAGCUUCUAUCCUGUUCCGAGCCACUUUUUAAAUUAUAAACAUUGUCACAGAACGUCUUGAUUCAGAA